CAGCGCUUUCCGACGGACCCGACCCGCGCCGUCAUCUUCGACCGCCCGCCCGACGAGGACGGCGCAGCGCUCCUCCGCCGGAUCGUCGUCUUAGCUUGCGUAGUCACGGUUGGUCGCCGGGCCCUCGUGAGGUCCUGGCGUAGUCACGCGUGCAUAUCCUUCCACAGCAAUGUGCCUCCGGCCGCGCGCUUCGGCUCGCGUGCCGACGCUCGGGUGGAAGCCCGUCAUCGCCAUCGGGUGGGCCAACGCGGCCCACUUCUAUUCCCUCUGCUCCAUCUUCUCCUACGCCGGCUUCCUCGCCGUCGACUGCGGCUGGGCCGCCGACGCGGACACGGCGGGCUUUGUCGCGGGUCUGCUUCCCACCGCCGUGCUCUGCGGGCGGCUCUUCACCUCGAUCCUGUGGGGCCACGCGGCGGACCGCUGUGGCCGGCGGCCGUCGAUGAUUGCGAGCAUGGUCGCCGUCACCCUCGGCAACGUCUGCUUUGGCCUGACCACCAGCCUGCCCGCCGCCCUCGCGGUCCGGUUUUUGCUGAUCGGCGCUCUCAACGGGUGGGUGACGCUGAUGGGGCUGUGCGUGCUGGAGUGCGCGGGGGAGGCGAUGCAGCCCGUGGUCUGGUCGUACGUCUUUGCCACCGGCUCCGUCGUCGCCCUCCUCGGCCCAGCAAUCGGAGGAUGGACCUACGCUGCGCUCGGCCCGCGCUUCCCCGCCCUCCCGCCUUCCCUGGUUGGCGGCGCGAUCGGCGCCACCGCCGUCGCGGUCAACGUGGCCUGGCUGCCGGAGACGAAGCCGCGCGCAGCCUCUUCCUCUGCUUCUGCUGCAACGGCUUCCUCUUCGGCGAUCCGGGCAGCUUCUCCUGCCGCAGCGGCCUCCUCUUCAACCCUCCGGGCAGCCUCUACUUCUUUCUCUGCUGCAGCGGCUUCCUCUUCCGCUGUGCUGUGCUCUCACCCGCUGCCUCUCGUGAUGGUGCUGCGCGCGGCGCACGGGUGUGCGCUGUUUGCUGCCUUCGACCUCGUGCCGCUGUGGUGCAUGGCGUCUCGCUAUGCCGGCGGGCUCGCGCUGACCGAGGAGCAGCUCGGCACCUCGCUCGCUGCCGGGGCGGCGCAGUGGGAGUGAACCCGAGUGAAACUAGUGCCGAGGGAAACAGGUUGAGUACGGCCGUGGCGUGCGCUCCCUACAGGCGAGGGGGCUCUCCUGGACGCAGGCCCGCUCCUCCGCGCGGGGCAGGCGCAGCCUCGCGCGCUGCUGGCACAGCCUCGCGCGCUGCUGGCGUUCUUCCGCGGCCGGCGGAGGGGCCGGGUCGCCGGGCGCCCGCGAGUGGGGCCGGAGGCGGAGGCGGCGCCGCCGCCAAGGGAGGUGCAGGCGGUCGAGGUGCAGGAGGCGUGAAGUCUCUUUGCACUGUAGGAUUUCGCAUUUACGUUUCAAGAUCCCACCGAACUUCGGGAUUUUAGUUUGGGU